AUGAAAACAGCCAUAAAAGAGCAAGCUAAACCAAAGAGAUUAACCGAUAAGCAAAUGCGGGAACUGCUGUUGAGUUUAAAAAAAGAAGCUGACAAAAUGCCCGAAGAAGAAGACAGUUUUGGUGUUGAAGUAAUUUGUAGCGGUAAAGACAUGGCAAAGGCAGGCUUAAGGAGUGAUAUUCCUAACUUUACUGAAUUAUUUAGUUUUCGCAAAUUAAUCAAUACUAUUGCCCAUGAACUAGCCCAUUGUCUUAUGGCUAACUAUAAACUAAAAUUUGGUCAGAAACACGACCAAAGGCACCAAGAGUUAACCCAAGAUGUCGAGGCUUUUUUGUGA